UAACACAUGUGACAAGUCAAUUUUUAUUUAUUAUUUUAAUAAACAAAUACUCAAAAUAAUAACUAUAUUAAUAAUUAAAAAUUAUUUUUAAUUAAAUUAUUAUUCAGUGGAUAUUAACAAUCAUCAAGCAAGAUGGGGAAACGACAGCAUCAAAAAGAUAAAAUGUACUUGACCUACACCGAGUGGACAACACUUUAUGGUGGUAAAAAAAGUGGUAAUAAUGAUGAUUCAGAAGAAUCAACAUUUCGUCGUUUACCAUAUGAUCAUUGUUGUGUUAGUCUUCAACCUUUUGAAAAUCCAUACUGUGAUGAAAAUGGUAAUGUCUUUGAAUAUGAAGCUGUAUUAUUAUACUUGAAACAAUACAAACAUAAUCCAGUUACUGGUAAACCACUUGAUAUGAAAUCAUUAAUUAAAUUAAAUUUUCAUAAAAAUGCACAAGAUGAAUAUCAUUGUCCAAUAUUAUUUAAAACAUUUACAAAAUAUUCGCAUAUUGUUGCUAAUAAAAAAACUGGUAAUGUUUAUUCAUGGGAGGCUGUUGAACAGCUUAAUAUUAAAGCAAAAUUUUGGAAAGAUUUAGUUAAUGAUGAACAAUUUGUUAGAGCUGAUUUAGUUACAAUUCAAGAUCCAACAAAUGCCAGUAAAUUUAAUCUUUCAACAUUUCAUCAUAUUAAAAAAAAUCUCAGAGUUGAAGAUGAAGAAAUGAUUAAAGAUCGUAAAAAUCCAAAUGCAAGAUUAAAAAAAGUAUCAAAUGAAACAAAAGAAAUAUUAUUAGAGCUAGAACGUGAUUAUAAACCAGCUGAAAAAAAAGAUAAAGCACCAAAAGCAUUGGCUGAUAAAUUUAAUUCUGCUCAUUAUUCAACUGGAGCAGUUGCUGCAGGUUUUACAUCAACAGUUAUGCCACAAGAAUUAAUGCACGAAGCAGCAGUUAUUGAGGAAGAUCUUGUUAGAUAUGAAAGAGUUAAAAAAAAAGGCUACGUUAGAUUAUUGACAAAUUUUGGUAUAUUAAAUGUUGAAUUAUAUUGUGAUGUUGUACCAAAAACUUGUGAAAAUUUUAUUCGUCAUUGUCAGGAUGGAUAUUAUGAUGGUACACAUUUUCACAGAUCCAUCAGAAAUUUUAUGAUUCAAGGUGGUGAUCCAACAAAUACUGGUAAUGGUGGUAAAUCAAUUUGGAAUAAACCAUUUGAAGAUGAAAUAAAACCAAAUUUAGUUCAUCAAGGUAGAGGAAUUCUUUCAAUGGCUAAUUCAGGACCAAAUACAAAUGGAUCACAAUUCUUCAUCACAUUUAGAUCAUGUCGUCAUCUUGAUAAAAAACAUACUGUAUUUGGUAAAAUAGUUGGUGGUCUUGAAACAUUAAAUGCCAUGGAAAAAAUUGAAGUUGAUAAUAAAGAUCGUCCAAUUGAAGAUAUAAUUAUACAAAGAGCACAAGUAUUUGUUGAUCCAUAUCAAGAAGCUGAUGAACAAUUGGCUAAUGAAAGAUCUACUGAAAUUGAAAGAAUUGCACAAGAACAAAAAGACAUUCAGUUAUCAAAAAAAAAAGAUUCUGAUAAUACACUUAAAGUUUAUAGAUCUGGUGUUGGAAAAUAUGUUAAACCAUCAACAAGUACAUCAUCAUCUGAAGAUACUUUAGAAAUUCCACCUAAAAAAAAGACAAAAUUAGUAAAACAAUCUGUAGAUAAUUUUUCAUCUUGGUAAAAAAAAAAAUGAAUAAAUUUAAAUAAUAAAAAAUAGUUAGGUAAAUAAUAAUUAAAAUAAUAAAAAAUAAAAUAAAUUUAAAUGACUAAUACGUUGUCAUGACUCAUGAAUCAUGAUGAUGAAAAUGAAGUUAUUUUUUCUCUUUUUUUUUGUAUAAAAAAAAUGUGAAUAAAAAUAUUUUUAUCC